AUGGAUGACCUGGAGACCUACGCAAAAAAUGACGACGAACAAACGGGCCUGUUGAAAACCAUCAAAUCGUUCAGUGACGACAUAGACAUGGAGUUCGUUUGGACAAGUGCGCCUAGGCCACCUUCAAGAAAGGCCGACUAGCCGACUCCAGUAAUAUCGAGCUCGACGUCAACACCUUCAUCCAGGACUUACAACAGGAAGGUACCUAUAAGUAUCUCGGAGUCAGCGAGGGAGACGGAGUCCAGCACUCUCAGAUGAAACAGAAGAUCCGGAAAGAGUACUACUGCAGGAUGCGGAUGGUACUCAAGUCUGAGCUGAACUCCGCAAACAAACUGGAAGCCAUCAACACCUCGGCAGUACCAGUGGUGACUUAUAGUUUUAACAUCAUAAACUGGACGUUACAAGAGCUGGCCAAACUUGAUACAAAGACUAGGAAGUUCCUGACCACGUACAAGAUACACCACCCAAAAUCUGACGUGGGCAGGCUGUACCUUCCCAGAACUGAAGGAGGUAGAGGGCUCAUACAACUGGAGCUUUCCUACAAGUCAACCACUAACGGUCUUGAUAAAUGCCUCCAGGAGACGCAGGACACCCUCCUCCACUUUGUCAAAGACCAUGACGACAGGAAAUCGUUGUAGUCCAUCAGCAGAUAGUCAAUGAAGUUCAGUCGGGAACUGGGAGUGCCUGCAAUACCACCUGCAGAGGAUGAGGCGAACACCACCUAUGCCCGCAGAACAAAGGCCAUGGCCAAACACCAGGGUCGCCAACAGCUUAGGUCCAAAUGGGAAUCAAAAGCGCUCCACGGCAAAUACCCACAACGGGUGAAACAGGCUGACGUGGACCAAGACAAGACCCACAGAUGGCUAAAAGCAGCCGGCCUUAAGGCAGAAAUCGAGGGCUUUAUCAUCGCAGCUCAAGAUCAAAGCCUCGCAACAAGCUGCUGGUACCAACACAACAUCCUUAAGAAGCCUGACGUAGACCCAAAAUGUAGAUUAUGUGGCCGUUUCGACCACACUAUUGACCACCUGGUCUCUGGCUGCCCUGAACUGGCUAAAACUGAAUAC